AUGCGGGAUAAAGUACGGAAGCUGGUGGCUUCUGGCCGAUUGGAGUUCAUGAGUACUGGGCAUGCUGCACACCCCCAUGGCGGGAUGUUGAAGAACCCUCAUUUGACAUGUCAUCCCCCCCUCCUCCCCCUCCUACAACCCCCACUCCCGUGUCUACCCUUCCCCCCACUUCCCCCUCCCUCCCCCUCCUUUCCUUCCCCUUCUUCUCUCAUACACAUAUCUUCUAUGUUUCUUCCAUGUGCUAUGCUGUGCAGCAACGGCGGGUGGGUGAUGCAUGACGAGGCGUGUGCACAUUACACGGACAUGGUGCAUCAGAUGGCCAUGGGGCACCGCUUCCUCAUGGCGACAUUCAACGUCACCCCGCGCAUCGCCUGGCAGAUCGACCCCUUCGGCCACUCUGCUACUCAAGCCAGCCUCAUCACUGCUCAGGCGGGGUUGGAAGCCGUGUUCAUGGGGAGGGUGGACCAGCAGGAAAAGGAGUCUCGUUUGGCCGCCAAAACAAUGGAGUUUGUGUGGCGGGCAGACGGGGCGACGCAGAGAGAAAACCAGGUGCUGGGAAUGGUAUCCUAUGAUGGUUACUACUCGCCCUCACAGUUCCGCUACCAGGACUCAGACGAUCCUUCUUACCGCAUUCAGGUACUCCCUCGCUCUCUCUGCUGCUCUGCACUCGCCCCUCUGCUGCAACGCACUUGCCCCUCUGCUGCAACGCACUUGCCCCUCUGCUGCAACGCACUUGCCCCUCUGCUGCAACGCACUUGCCCCUCUGCUGCAACGCACUUGCCCCUCUGCUGCUCUGCACUUGCCUCUCUGCUGCACAGCAAGCUUCAUGACAAUCCCUAUGGGGGGUCGCCCAACGUGCAGCGCCUGGUGGACGAGUUUGUAGCGGAAGUGACCAAGAGGGCGGAGGGCUUUAAGACGAAUCACCUGCUGUUCCCCAUGGGCGAGGACUUUGCGUUUGACCGCGCCAUCUUGUGGUUCAAGAACAUGGACAAGCUCAUUCACUACGUCAACCUGGACGGGAGGGUGAACGCGCUCUAUUCCACGCCAUCCAUGUAUCUGGACGCACUCCACUCUGCCAAUGCCACGUGGCCUCUCAAGACUGGUGACAUGUUCCCCUAUCAGGACGAUGGGCCCUACUGUUCGGGCUACUUCAGAGGAGAAACCAUUGUCCGCAUAUGUUCUCGCGUUCCCCCCUCGUCCCCAUUCCCCUCCCUCCCUUCCGCCCACCCUCUCCCUCCCCUCCGCCCAUGCGCCCCUCGCCCCAGCUACCAGGACGACGGGCCCUACUGCUACCAGGACGACGGGCCCUACUGGUCCGGCUACUUCAGCAGCCGCCCCUCUCUGAAGCUCCUCGCGCGCUCCUGCAGCGCCCUGCUGCUGGCCACCACAGCAGCAGAGGCAGCAGUGGGGAAGGAAGCGCUACAGGCAUGGGGCAUGGCGACGGGGCGCAUGAUGGUACUGGAGCACCUUGUGCUCGACACACACAUGGGCAAGACGACCAGAGACAGCCAGAAGGAGGAGAAGCAGGCGGAUGGGGGGGAGAGUGCGGGAGGGGUGGAGCGGAUGAGGGUGGGGUGGGAGAGCGAGCGGCGGGUGCGAGUGGCGAGCUCGUUCCGGUUGGAGGAGGCGGUGGCAGUGGUGCAGCACCAUGAUGGCAUCACAGGCACGGCGCAGCAGCAUGUUACCGAUGACUACUCUGACAGGCUGCACCGCGCUUCUGAGGAGGUGAGGGUUGCACGGAUAGAGGUUGAUCCCUUCAGUGCACGGGUAGAGACUGCUCCUGUGAGUGUAUGGCAUGGGCUAGAGGAGGCGGUGGCAGUGGUGCAGCACCAUGAUGGGAUCACAGGCACGGCGCAGCAGCAUGUUACCGAUGACUACUCUGACAGGCUGCACCGCGCUUCUGAGGAGGUGAGGGUUGCACGGAUAGAGGUUGAUCCCUUCAGUGCACGGGUAGAGACUGCUCCUGUGAGUGUAUGGCAUGGGCUAGAGGAGGCGGUGGCAGUGGUGCAGCACCAUGAUGGGAUCACAGGCACGGCGCAGCAGCAUGUUACCGAUGACUACUCUGCUCUGCUGCACCGCAUUGCUGAGGAGGUGAGGGAUGAGUGCAUGGGUAGAGAGGAAUCAGCCGUGCUGACACCUCAUCAUGCGAGGCACCAUCCCCCCUCUCCAGGCACUUCACACACCCCACCAUCCCCAUCCGUACCCCCUCCUGCCAACUUCCCCUCCCAUCUCCCAACCUCCCAUGCCCCACCCUACCAACCGCCCAUGCAGGCAUCAGCCGUGCUGACAGCAGCACUGGCGCACCUCAUCACGCGAGGGACCCUCCCCCCAUCCCCAUCCGUACCUCCAUCCAACCUCUCCUCCAACCUCUCCUCGCGGGCAGCAGCAGCCGUGGAGUUCACAUUUAGGGAGGACAGUGUCGAGCAGCGCGGGUGGGGGUUCUGGAACCAGUUAGCAGAUGGAGCAGAGGAGGAGGACGAGGAGGAUGAGGAAGAUGAGGGGGACGAAGAGGGUAAGGCACGCAACAAAAUCGACAGGAUGAAUGAGUUAUUGUAUGAGGCGGAUAGAGCAGGUGCGGCGGCGGAUGACGAAGAUGAGGGGGAUGAGGAGGCGGGAGAGGGAGAUGGUGGGCAGCAUGCUGCAAGGUCCCGUGCAAAGAAGAAAGUCCCUCACGUGACGGAGGAGACAAUAUCUGAGUCGACUCAGAAAAAUUCCCGUGUGGAAAAGAGGGUUCCUGACAAGGAGGAGGAGGAGGAGGAGGAGAGAGCAAGCGACCCCAAUGAGGUGUUUGACCCUCAGUCGUUGCAGCCAGCUGACCCUCAAGCGGUCCAGAAUGGUGCUGCUGGCCGUGCUGCUGACGGCACACGGGCUGAGGAGAGGAGGGUGCAGGAGGUGGAGGAGGGGCAAUGCCCUCUGCUCAACAUCUCCUAUUGCCCUCCAACCGAAACACCCCUGCAGCCAGAUCAGACCCUGGCACCUUUGAGAACUCCCAAGGCACCUUUGAGAAUUCCCAAGGCACCUUUGAGAACUCCCAAGGUACCAUUGGGAAUUCCCAAGGCACCUCAUCCAUAUCAUAUCGGCCCACACGUCUCCACCUUUCUCAUCCAUCCAUACCCAUCGGGCCAUCCCACAGGUGGUGGUGGCCUUCAACCCUCUUAUGAGGUGGUGGUGGCCUUCAACCCUCUCGCGUGGUCCCGCUCUGAAGUGAUUCGAUUCCCGGUGUCAUCCCCCUACCUUCUAGUCACUGAUGCCUCUGGCGCCCCCAUCCCCUCUCAAAAACUUCAAGAGACCCUCCUCUCCCCUCCCUCUGUUCCCCCCGUGUCAUCCCCCAAUCUGCUAGUCGCCGACGCCUCUGGCGCCCCCAUCCCCUCUCAAAUAAUCAGGGAGACGCUCGUCACCCCCGCCACCCGCUCCACCUACAUUGCUGCUUACACUGGCGUGGGGGAAAUAGUAGGAGAGGUGGAGGGGGAGGAGGAAGGGGUGGAGGGGGGGGAAGGAGGGGAGGAGGGAGCGGAGGAGGGGGAGGAGGGGGAUGAGGAGGAGGGCGGGGAGGGGGAGGAGGAGGAGGAGUGGGUGGAUUAUGGGGAUGGGCGAGGGCCGCAGCCGAGCCAUAAGCCGAAAAGGAAGCAUCGGGAGAGGCAGACGAAGGAGGAGACGGGGGGAGAGCAGAAGGAGGGAGAGCAGAAGGAGGGAGAGCAGAAGGAGGGAGAGCAGAAGGAGGGGGAGCAGCGGGAGGGAGAGCAGGAGGGAGAGCAGCAGCAGCAGCAGCAGCAGCAGCAGCAGCAGCAGCAGGCAGUGCUGUCGCUUGUGUUUUAUGCAGAGGUGCCUCCUCUUGGAUUCGCCACCUUCUUUGUCUCGCCAGCAACCCAAGGCGUGGGGGCCACUCGUGGUAGCGGUGCUGCUGGUGCUGGCACGGACGGUGGGGAGCGGGCUGCGUUGCGUGUCUCGUUCUCCAAGUCAGCGGUGGGCAUGCAGCGGAUGGAGCUGGUCUCUCGGAGUGCCAAUGGCACGGAGGAGGUUGUGCGCAUGGGCAUGGCAGUGAGUGCCAGCAUGAUGGAGUAUGCCACAUUCGCCGGCGGCGCAUACAUCUUCCAACCCUCCAAGCCAGCCAUGCCCAUCACCUCCACCAACGCCACCUACCAGGUGCCCAUUCACAUCCAGCGUGGACCAAUCGUGGAGGAGUUCAGCCGCCAGAUCACUCCAUGGAUCUCUGAGGUCUUCAGAGUGUAUCCAGGGGGGGACUACGCUGAGCUGCACUAUUCCGUGGGUCCGCUGCCCGCCAAGCAACCCAACCACGAGGUGGUGACUCGCUUCGUGUCGCCCAUCAACAGCAGCAAGGCCUUCUACUCCGACUCCAAUGGCCGCAGCUACCUCAAGCGGGUGAGACGUUGUUUGUUGUUUGUUGUGUACACACACAGUCCGUGUUGGCGCCUGGAAGCUCUCUUCAAUGCGCCCAUCAACAGCAGCAAGGCCUUCUACUCCGACUCCAAUGGCCGCAGCUACCUCAAGCGGGUGAGACGUUGUUUGUUGUUUGUUGUGUACACACACAGUCCGUGUUGGCGCCUGGAAGCUCUCUUCAAUGCGCCCAUCAACAGCAGCAAGGCCUUCUACUCCGACUCCAAUGGCCGCAGCUACCUCAAGCGGGUGACUUUUGAGUCGACUCAAAAGUCACCAGGUGGCAAAUGCUCCUAUGGACGUGCCCAACAUACCACCUACAUCAGCCCAGCAUCCCACACACCAUUCCACCAUCCCCACCAUCCUCACCAUCCCCACCAUCCCCACCAUCCCCACCAUCCCACCAUCCCCACCAUCCCCACCAUCCCCACCAUCCCCACCAUCCCCACCAUCCCACCUUCCCCACCAUCCCCACCAUCCCCACCAUCCCACCAUCCCACCAUCCUCACCAUCCCCACCAUCCCCACCAUCCCCACCAUCCCCACCACCACCACCACCACCACCACCACCACCACCACCACCACCACCACCACCACCACCACCACCACCACCACCACCACCACCACCACCACCACCACCACCACCACCACCACCACCACCACCACCACCACCACCACCACCACCACCACCACCACCACCACCACCACCACCACCACCCCGCGUUCAGGUGGUGGACUACCGGUGGUGGACUACCGGUCUGACUGGGACCUCAAUGUCACCGACCCCAUCGCAGGGAACUACUACCCGCUUACGGUCGGGGCUUUCAUAAAGGACAAAGAAGCCCAGUUGUCCGUGCUUGUGGACCGGGCGGCAGGCGCUGCCAGCCUGGCAUCCGGCCAGAUAGAGGUCAUGCUACACAGGAAGCUGAGUUCGCUGGAUGGCAAGGGCGUGGGGGAACCGCUGCAGGAGAGAAUCGCACUGGGCAACAGGACCCGCUCCCUCACCGUUGUGGGCUCGCUGCGCUUUGGGCUGCAUCUUAACACAGGCUCUGAAGAAAGAGCAGGGGAGCAUGAAGGGGAGCAAGGGGAAGAGCGUGUGGGGCUGGGGCAGGGAAGCGAGUGGAGGAGGCAGCACGCACAGCACCUCCUAACCCCUCUGCAGCUCUCGUUUGCGGUUGAAACUCAGCAGUCCAUCAGGGCAGCACAAGGCAGCUACACGUGGCACUACUCCCUCUCCCAGCCAUCAUCCACAUCAGCAUCCUCCACGUCAUCCAGCAAGCCUAACAGUGCUUCAUCCUACUCGGUUCCUCCCAAUGUUGCUGUCAUCACGAUGCAGGUAACAAUCAUCGUGCAUGCAGGCAAGCACUGUGUUGUGUUGUAA